CACCUCCCCUCUGCGUUGGCGUUAAAUCUGCAUUUAAAAUGGAAACGCAAAGACUAGCACUUUUCUAGGAGGAAUCUGUAGCAGCACUUUUUUUAGCAUGUGUUGUUCAUGGCGGGUUGGACACCAGCUUGCUGCCAUUUUAGGACAAAAACACCCUCCCUUCCUGUCUCUCUUUCUCCUCUCCUCAUGACCGCUAUCCCCCCUCAUCCUAUAGACAAAGACAGACACAGACCCACCAGGGAAAGUCCACCCUCCCUACAGCCUGCCCAGACUCAGAUAAAGACACAGACGCUUCCCCAUGAGACGGGAGAUGGGAAGACAGAGGGAUGGGGCGAGAGAGGCCAGAGAUCAGGGGGAAAAGAGAGAAAGCGAUAGAGAGGAGAGUGACAGAUGCAGCCUAAGGUGGCAGAGGAGAAAGAGGGGGCAAAGAGACAGCGAGGGACAUAAAUAGCUAGUCAGAGGGUGAGUGACUGUGAUUCGGAUAAUGCGUCUAACGUCAAUUCAUAUUUGCGUAAACACACAAACUGAUACUCCAAGUAAAGUACAAGUAAGCUGAAAUCGUGCUAAAGUACAACAAUUGGGUGAAUGUACUUCACUACAUUACAUCACUGGUGUUGUGUUUCAGUAAUAAUAAUAAUAUAAUAUGUUUAUUUAGUAUAGCACCUUUCACAGAAAUACAAUUCACAAAGUGCUUCACAAUAAAGAACAACAGUUCAAAUGAAGACCGAUCAGUACGACAUGAGGCAGAAGGUUAACAAAAACACAGACCACGAAGAGUCCGAAAGGAGCACACAUAAGAACGGAACACAUCACACACAUCUCAAGUAGAAACAAAAGCCAAUGUGAAAAGAUGGGUCUCCAGUUGUUAUUUAUAGGUCUUCAGUUGUUGUUUAAAAGCUUCUACAUCACAGCAGAGAUGCCUUUGCAUGUGCAGGGGAAGACGAGGGACGUCAGGGCAACCGUAACACGGAGCUAAUUAAAUCACUACGGGACAGAGAUGGAUGGCCUAACACACACUCACACAUUCCCUGGAGAACCUCCCUGCUGUGAUGUGCAUCGUUUACCCCCAUAAUCAUCUGCCUCUCUCUCCCCCCUCUCCCUAGGUAAGCCCGUGAUGAUCAUCACAGAGUACAUGGAGAACGGAUCGCUGGACGCAUUCCUGAGGAAGAACGACGGGCGCUUCACGGUGAUCCAGCUGGUGGGCAUCCUGCGUGGCAUCGCGUCGGGCAUGAAGUACCUGUCGGACAUGAGCUACGUUCACAGAGACCUGGCGGCUCGAAACAUCCUGGUGAACAGCAACCUGGUGUGCAAGGUGUCCGACUUCGGCAUGUCCCGAGUGCUGGAGGACGACCCGGAGGCUGCGUACACCACCAGGGGAGGGAAGAUCCCCAUCCGCUGGACGGCCCCCGAGGCCAUCGCUUACAGGAAGUUCACCUCGGCCAGCGACGUGUGGAGCUACGGCGUCGUCAUGUGGGAGGUGAUGUCAUACGGCGAGCGACCAUACUGGGACAUGAGCAACCAAGACGUGAUCAAGGCGAUCGAUGAGGGCUACCGACUGCCCCCCCCCAUGGACUGCCCCGUGGCCCUGCACCAACUCAUGCUGGACUGCUGGCAGCGAGAGAGGGCCGACCGGCCGAAGUUCGGACAGAUCGUCAACAUGCUGGACAAACUGAUCCGAAACCCCAACACUCUGAAGAGGACCGGAGGGGAGACGGCUGUCAGGCCGAGCACCACCCUGUUGGAGCCGGGGAGCCCCGAGGCGGCGUCCUCAUCCGUGGGCACGGUGGAGGACUGGCUGCAGGCCAUCGGCAUGGAGAAAUACCGGGACAACUUCACCGCCGCCGGGUACACCUCUCCAGAGGCCGUGGUGCACAUGACACAAGAGGACAUGGGGCGCAUCGGCAUCUCCUCGUCUGCACACCAGAACAAAAUCCUGACCAGCGUCCAGGGAAUGCUGUCCCAAAUGCAACAGAUGCAAGGCAGAAUGGUUCCCGUCUGAGCGAUUUCAACACGAAAUAAAGAAGGAAAAGGAAGCGUUAAAUAAAAUAAAUAACAUAAAAAGUAAAUACAUAUAAAAAAGAGACAAGUAAACUAUGGAGAAAAAUAGUUUACCUCAUCCAUGCACUUUAAAUUGGAUCUAAAAGAAAAGAAGAUGCUUUUUUUUUUAAAGAAUCAGACUUUUACCUUGCCCUUUUUUGUUGUUUUUGGAGAACGGGACGCUUCUUUCUGAAGCAUUUUAUGGAUAGACGGCUGGAAAAGUGCUUCCGAGAGGCCAAUCUGGAGUGCCUUUAAUGGUCUGGAAGGAAAAGCGAGGGAGGGGGGGGAGACCUUACCUUUUCUUCCUCCUUCUCUCGGCAGUUUCUGGAACUUUCUUUCUGGAAUAAUCCGCGGAGCAGAUUUCUUUGAUUUCCUGUGACUUUGUUUAUUGUACAUGAAGUGUUUGUGUGGGACUCGCAGGCUAACCCCCGGCCACCAUUGUUCUCUCUCAGCUGGAUAUCUUCUCAGACAAAAUGGAGGAUCCUGACCGUCGUGUAUAAACAGUGAAUCUCUGAGAGGUUGAGGGUUGGAUUCAGUGGGGGGGCUUUUUGUUUUUUUGGCCUCGUUUUUCUCCCAGAACGCUGUAUUUCGUUGCCCUCGGGACGUUUCUGACAAUGUCUAUGAUCUUCCAGAGGAGCCUUCCCACUCCCCUGUCUUCCUCAAAAUAAUGCCCUCCCACACCUCAGAUAAACACACAAUUUGGAUUCUUCCUCCACUCAUCUCCCAUCUGAAACACCCCUCCUCCGGCUUCUGAAGGACUCUUCCUCAACACUUUAGAUGGACAGCUGGCUUUUUCUAAAUUGGACGCGUGAAUGAAGGAAUGUAUUGGCAGGAUUUAUUGGAACAAAAGGACGCAACAUGGAUGCAGAAUGAAUCAUCGGCAUCGCCAAGAAGAUAAACAGGAUUACUCAAUCUGUCAUCAAGCUGCUGCCGUCCAUCACAGAAAGGGUCUUUCUCGCCACGACUCUGAAUUCUUCCACUUUGUCUUCCUCCUCCCUUUCUCCUCCUCCAUGGAGCGACAAAUCCGUCCUGGACUUCCGCCGUCACAACAAAAACUAGCCGAAACGCGCUUUUGGCCGCCCAGCAAUGACCUGGAACAACGAUGAAUGAUUUAAACAGCUUAAAAAAAGAGACAAUAAGAAGAAUGUAAUAUAAUCAAGAAGCCUGCUCCAGCGGACGUUGUACUUUUAUUUUGAAAGUUUCAUUUUAUUUUGUUUGCAUGUAAAGUAACAAACGUUUGAUUUGAGCGUGCGAAUGUGAUGGGUUGUGCGCAUGUGUGUGUGUAGGAGUGUGUGUGUGUAUGAGUGACAACAUAUUUGAAGUACUAUCAGUGAUUGUGUCUGUUUUCAUGCCACUGUGGAGAAAGAGACGAGAACAGACGUAUUGUUUUUGACAUGAAGAAGAAAAAAACCCCGGACUAUUUUCUUCGCUUCCGUGUCGUCUAAAAAGCCAAGGUGUGUUGCUACCCCUCGUGCAAACUCUACUCAGCAGCUGCAGUUGUUUAACAGCUUUCUGGAAUGCAGGUUUGGGGGUAACACGGAGACACACGGAGACACACGGAGACACACGGAGACACACGGAGACACACGGACGAGAGUUUGCGCUCUCCGAGCUCGUGACAAGUCAAGGAGAAAAUGUCAGGAUGGAAGCAGUUCAAGGAACACAACAAAGGAUCAAAGAAGGGGGAUGAAGAAGGGAAACUUGGGUAUUUUAUUUUUCCAGAGCACAUCAUACAGCUACAGGUUUACCCAAUGGACUAUAUGCUUUUUGUUGAUUUAUCUCUAGUGCGAAUGUUUCUGAACUGGUAAAUGACGCUUCAUAAAACACAACACCUCCGUCCUUAAUACAGCUCUACUGCUCGGUCCUUUUGUUGGCACUGCGAUGUUCCUUUGGGUUUGACCUAUCGAAAAGGACCUGUUUGGAAAUAUGCAAGACGUGUUGGGAAGGAGAAGGAAACCAGAAUGUACUGUAAAAUACUUUUUUUCCUUUAAAUGUUGGACGAUUUCAAAAAGAAAAAGAAGAAAAAAAAUAACAAGAGUUAAUGUUUGUAAUUGUUUGCCUUCCGAUGCCGUUUGAUCUAGCCAUGUAGAUCUAACAUCCUCUCCAUCUGUUUUGUACUUUUGUUUUCAACAUGAUCAUGUUUCUUUCGGCCUUGUUUGUUUGACUUUUGUCCAGGAGCUCUAGGUACAUGUAACUUAUGUCAUUUAUUUAUGUCCUUUUAUAUCUAGUUUGUAAAAUAAUAGCCUAAAGUGAAGAAAAUAAAAGGGUGCCAAAGUGCAUUCUUAAUAAAGUAGAAACCAUACG